AUGAAGCUCUUAGUGGUUGUUUUCGCUCUUAUUGCGGCGUGCAAUACCGCACCAUUCGACUCGAUCCCAGGUGACAACAGUCACUAUGUAGAGGGUGAAAGUCGCUUCAUCUGGAUCCCUGAUGGUAAUGGUGUACCGCAGCUUGUAGAUCUGGAGGAACCAGUGGAUGAAGAUGUACUAUACGGCAGAAAUGGCGCAAAUAACCAAUACUGGCUUUUCACAAGGCGCAAUCCGAACAAUCACCAAAUUCUUGUUAAUGGCAAUGCUAACUCGGUCACUAACUCCAACUAUAAUCGCAACCUACCUCUAAAAGUUAUCGUGCACGGUUGGAACAGCAACGGGAAUUCAGACAUAAACCCCAUAAUCACUUCAGCUUUCUUGGCUGUUCAAGACUGCAACGUGAUUGUAGUGGACUGGCGCGAUUUAGCGAAUAGAAACUACAUCACUGCUGCAAACGGCGUACCUGGCGUUGGACAGUUCCUUGGCAACUUCUUGAUUUGGCUUAUCAACACUGCGGGCGGUAACUGGAACAACGUCCACUUAGUCGGUUUCAGUUUAGGCGCUCACGUAGUGGGCAACGCCGGACGCACCGCCGGAGGAAGGCCAAGACGUGUCACAGGUCUCGAUCCCGCUGGUCCCACUUGGGGUGGUAACUCUAACGCCCUGAACGCCAAUGCUGGUGGCUACGUAGAAUGUAUUCACACCGACGGUGGACUCUUGGGCAUUUUCGACCCGAUUGGUCACACUGACUUCUAUCCAAACGGUGGUCGGAACGCUCAACCAGGAUGCUGGGUUAGCACUUGCUCGCACAGUCGUGCGUACGAUCUCUACGCUUCCACUGUACGAACUAAUCACUUGGUUGGAAGACGGUGCAAUAAUUUGAAUGAAGCUAGAAAUGUACAAUGUGCUGGUGCUACUCUUAAUAUGGGCAACGGAAUAUUAAGUAAAUCUGGAUCUGGGCUCUACGGUCUCCAAACUGGCGACAGAUGGCCGUACUAA